AUGAAUAACACAGCUAACCCCCGACUGCGAAAGCCAAGCAGGAUUGACCCUGAAACCAUGGCCGGGUCGCUCGACGCAAACGCGACAACCCAUGAACAAGAUGCAUUGCUCAGAGACGAGAUUGAACGCGAAAGAAACGCGGAGGAAUCUGCAGAGUUGCGUGACACAAACUACCCCGACUCGAAGCGCGCUUUGUUCCUAGGCAACUCUGUUAUGCGUGUGCUCAAGAUUACCCUAGGAUGCAGCUACUCCAAUCUUCUACUGCCCUUUGUGUUUCUGGCCGCGUUGCUGUCGUUCGCCACAGAGGAAUUGGCAAAAAGCGUCGGGCAAACCGUUGGAGGGCUAAUCAAUGCCACAUUUGGAAACGCAGUUGAAAUGAUUGUGGGGAUCACUGCGGUCCGGCAGGGGGAAAUCAGUAUUGUGCAGUCUAGUAUGGUAGGCAGCAUCCUAUCGGGCAACCUUCUGAUCCUCGGUGUUUCAUUGUUCUGCGGCGGCUAUGCAAAAGAUGUGGUAAAAUGCAACGUGGAUGUUAGCGGGAUACUGUCAUCCUUGAUGGUGGUCUCCUCUGCAACAUUGAUCAUUCCAUCAGUGCUCUAUUCAACCAUACCAUCCAAGUCCCACGAGGUGGAAGCCAGCGUCCUGAGUCUUUCCCGCGCUGCCUCUGUGGUCCUACUCACGUUCUACCUGGUCUACCUCUACUUCCAACUGAAGAGUCACUCCGAGCUCUUCGUCGACGAUAAACAAGAAGAGGAAGAAGAGCGAGUUCUGGGUCCCUGGUCGGCAAGCAUCAUUUUGAUCCUUGCAACUCUUGGGGUCACUGUCUGCUCUGAUUGCCUGGUGGACAGCGUCGAUGGCUUUGUAGACAAGUGGAAUGUGAGCCGGGCUUUUAUUGGCUUGAUCGUGGUCCCCAUUGUCGGUAACGCGGGAGAAUUCAAUACUGUCAUCAAUUCUUCAAUCAAGGGGAAUAUGGACCUCGCGAUUGGUGUGAUUGUGGGAAGCACGUUGCAAAUCGCGUUAUUUGUGAGUCCAUUCCUGGUAAUGUGUGGCUGGAUUAUUGGGCAGCCCAUGUCCUUGCGCUACAGUCCCUUUGAAACUGUGGUAUUCUUCCUAUCGGUAAUAGUCAUGGACUGCUUGAUUCGCGGAGGUCGAUCCAAUUACUACGAAGGGUUAUUAUUGGUUGGAACGUAUCUGAUAAUCGCAAUUGCAUUCUACGUGCACCCAGAUGCGGUCGAUGCACCCUUUGUUUAA